UGCGGUCUAACUUUUGUGCCACAGUGAAACCGACCCUUCCGUAAUUCCAUCCAUCUCUAUUCUCAUUAACUUGCUAACCCUUCUCUUCCAAUCCAAAAACCUGCAACAAACAACAAUGGUGAAAGCAGCAAACAAAAAACUCAAAACCCCCAAAAAACCAACCAACCCCACCACCCCAAAAAAGAAACCCAGAAAAACCAAAAAGAAAAAGCCCAUCUCAAAAAAACCUAUAAUCACAUCUUCCGAUUCAGAUUCAGAUUCACAACAAACAACACCUGACCGAAUCCAAAAACUAAUCGAACCAUAUUCAAAAUCCCAGCUAAUAGAUUUCGUAAUUUCAGCUGCACUUUCAAACCCAUCAUUCUACACUCGUAUUCGAAACUACGCAGAUACCGAUGUUUCGAAUCGAAAAAUAUUCGUCUACGGGUUAGGUUGGGAUACAACUAGAGAAAAUUUGGUUCAAGGGUUUAAACCAUAUGGUGAAAUUGAGGAUUGUAAUGUAGUUAUUGAUAGGGUUACUGGGAAAGCUAAAGGCUUUGGCUUUGUACAGUUUAAGUCAAGAAAAUCGGCUUUUAAAGCGUUGAAAAACCCGAAAAAGAGAAUCGGGAAUAGGAUGGUUUCGUGUCAGUUAGCGUCUUUAGGGCCCGGAAAAGGGGAUGGAAAAGGGGGUACAGGGAAUAGGGAUAAUUGGGAUAGGAAGAUUUAUGUGAGUAAUGUGAGACAGGAUACUGAUCCGGCGAAAUUGAGAGUGUUUUUCGAGAGGUUUGGAGAGAUUGAGACGGGUCCGUUAGGGUUUGAUACGAGUACGGGGAAAUCUAGAGGGUUUGCGUUGUUUGUGUAUAAGAAUCAGGAUGGGUUGAAAAAGGCGUUAGAGGAACCUAAGAAAGUGUUUGAAGGGCAUCAGUUGCAUUGUCAGAGAGCUUCUGGUGGUGGGAAGAAUAAAGGGGAUGGGGGUUCGGGAUCAAGUUCGGGUUCGGGUUCAGGUUCAGGUUCGGGUGUUGGGCCAGUUUUGCAGCAGCCGGAUCCGCAGAUGAUGGCUGCAGUUGCUGCAAGUCAGAAUUUUGGGUUGUAUCCUAUGUAUGGUGGGUUUAUUGCAGCGAAUGCAAUUUAUCCUCCAGGGGUUUUGGGCCAAAUAGGUGGUGUUCCGGGUGGGUUAGGUGGUUACUAUGCCGGUGCACCGGUGCCACAUGGGUUGGGUAUCGGUGUUGAUAGUGCGUCAUUGUUAGGGGCUACUCCCCCAAUGAUGCCGGGUUUGGGAUUGCAAAAUGCAUAUCCCAUGAAAAAAUCGGGCCCUAGCUCUGGCUCUGGUUCAGGUUCACCUUCUGGUUCGAGGUCUCAAGGUGCCGGUGGUGGCUCAUACAGUCGUUAUUCAUCUCAUAAGCGACUUACCACGUCGAACUCUCCGCGUAGCAUUAAAUCCCCCAACACUUUGGAAUAUACUAUGGAAUAUCCCGACCCUAGACUUCAACCGACUAAAGAAGGUGACUCUUUAAAGGAAUCCUACCACUUAGCUGAAGCGGUAGCACAAGGUUUUAAAGCAGCAUUGCCAGAUUUUGUCGCCCAACUAACAGAGGUUCACAAAGUCCGCCAAACUGAAGAUGUGGUAAGGCCUGCCGCAUCGACCAAUAAUGAUAAUGGAAUUAAGGGGAAACAAAAGAAUCGGUCCAAGAACCAAGGUGGCAAAUCAGGUAAGAAGCGGAAACAAGUAAGAAACCUUGACAAAGCGAAUCCAGAGCAGGAGGGAUAUAUUGGACGACACCCAAUAUGCAACCGGUGUAGUUUCCAUCAUCUAGGAGAUUGCCUAGUGUGCCAUGGGUGCAAGUUGCCCGGUCAUACCAUCAAAUACUGCAAGAAGACUAAUGUGAAGGAUGGUCGAAAAAUAAUGGCUUGUUAUGAGUGUGGUAGUCAAGAUCACCUUCGAAAUUUGUGCCCGAGGCUGCGCAAAGCACCAAUCUACAAUGAGUCUGCCAAUACUGCUAACUACCCUAAUAAUCCCUUGACUGACGUCAUCAUAAAGGUUGAACCGAAUGACGUCGUCAUUAAGGUUGAACCACAAUGAGAUAGACUUUAGACUUUCGAUUUCAUCUUUUGGAUAUAGUACCAUGUAUUAGGUUUGACACAUGAAUUUUGUUUUAGUUUGUAGGGGUAGUGUGUUCUAC